AUGGUGCCUGAUCCACACGCCUUGUCCUGUUCCUAUCAGUUAGGGGUGUCCUCCAGUUCAGAGAAUCCAGGGGGUGGACUGUCAAGAGACCCAAAGGUACCUUCUGGGUUUUUUUUUCCAGGAACAACCCUGAACCUGUUGAAAUUUCCUAUUAUUAAUCCUACGUGUGACAGAAUAUUCCGAAGGCAGGAGAGGCUGAAAGAGGAGGCAACAAAAACAGAAGAUGAGUUAAGCAGUGAAGAAAAAAAGCACCUUAAUCACCUUAAAAAGCAAGGCUACCUAGUGGGAAGAGUUGGAAGAACAUUUCAACGGCAGAAAGCUAGCCCUGUGGUUGAAUUUGAUCCUGACAUGCUCUCCUACAGCAUGGAUGAAGAUCCCAAACAUUCCCCUAAGAAGCGUGAGAAAAGGGAGGAGUUCACACACAAUGAAGUGAAGGAUGCUCGGUGGUGUUUCGACACUCCAGGAAUUGUAAAGGAAGACUGUGUUUUGAAUCUCCUAACAGAGAAAGAAGUAAAGCUGGUUUUGCCAACAGUUGCCAUUGUUCCACGGACCUUCAUUCUCAAGCCAGGAACGACCUUGUUUUUAGCAGCCUUGGGACGUAUAGACUACUUACAGGGAGAAAAGUCUGCCUGGUUUUCUGUCGUGGCUUCUAACCUGUUGCCAGUCCACGUCACUACCCUGAGUAACGCAGAUGCCAUCUACGAGAAGCACGCUGGCCGAGAGUUACUAAAGGUUCCCAUGGGUGGGGAAGAGCGAAUGAAAGAGUUCCCCCCACUUGUCCCUCAGGACAUUACACUGAAAGGAAUUGGUACCACUGAGGCAGUUGCAGAUAUCAAGCUUUCCUCUGCAGGAUGGGUGGCAGUGACAGCUCAUGCAGAAGAGGAAUUGCUACUCCGAGCUUAUACUCCCAAGGGCACCGCGUUGGUGGUGCGGGAGCCUCCCCUUUUGCCUUACAUCAGUUCCAUCCGAGGGUCCCGGAUCGCAGGCACCGCUGCCUACAGGACCAAAAAGCCUCCCUCCCUUGUGGAAAACCUGAAAACCACGGGGAACAGAUAGCACUUCUUGUCAUCUGAACAAGGCAGAAGAUCCUCUGGAGAACCUUGUUGCUUAUUGAUAUUCAGAAGACCUUGGACUCCUUUUAAAAGGCAGACACGCUUUGGAAAGCAGGUGUAGGGGGAGCUCCAUAAGUUCAUACCUGAUGCAGUUGCUGAACUGCAGCCAUUUUGAAUGAGCUGAGUGGCUGGUACCUUGCUGUGAGAGGUGAAACAGCUUCUCCCUGGGAUCUACCAGUAUCUAUGAGCAAAUCCCUUUACCUGUCCCCUCUUGAAAUACGGGAUGGAAACUCACCUGCCUGACCUGGGCUGGCUCCACUGCUCCUAGAGUAGACAGCUUGUUGCAGACACGCUCCUUCAGGUCAGAAAUUGUCACCUUGUUCUUGGAGGCUUUAAAGUGUUUCCACAGUUACCGAGGUGGAGGGAAUUGGAAAGAACGGGGAAUGCCCUGUCAUGGUUGUGACUCUCCUCAUUGUAGUGGCUGAUACUGAUUCAACAUCGACCUUUCACUCCUUCAGAAUCUGAGGCAGAUGAGGAUGUGCAGUGCCCUGCUUUUGGACACAGGAGAGGUGAAUCAAUGAAAAACAGGUCUGCAGAUGUGCGUGAAGAGGAAACUUACAACUCACUGCUUUGAUUUGGUUUCUGCAGAUUGUGUAAAGGUUUUUGAAACUGAGGGUGUAAAAUAAAACUUUUCAAAUACAUUCUUUUGUAACCUUUUCAAAUAGUUGACAAAGCACUCUUGUGUGGGCAUGAGCAUCUUGACAAAUACAUGAAAGCUCCAACGCGAUAAUACCUGUGCUAAAUCUGCAGAGUGCGAGAGAGACAUAACCAGCCAGUUUGCUGAAGAAGAGGCAAAAAAGAGUAUUUUCUAAUCUCUCCUUACCAAUACUCUCACUUUUCCCUGUUCUGUUUUACCCACCCAAACUACUGAUGUCACAACCCAUCAAUCAGGGACACAGUACAUGUUGUAAAUUCUCAUCAGGCUGAACAAAGACACCAGGCCUGUGCCAGGGAGCUCCUGUGCUUUAUGGUACCAUCACCAUAACUCUGGCAACCAGGCCAGGAGUUAGACUCAAAAGGUCUUGGCCAAGAAACCCUUACAUUUUUUACAGUACACUUCUCAGAAUGGUGGCUAACAAGCCCUUAAUUUCUUACAGUACACUUCAGUAAGUUCUCAACUCCCACAAGAGUAUGGUGCCCAACCUGCCUAGCACAGCUGAUGAGGAGCUGCUCCUGCAGGAGGUGACAGCAAAGGUCCACUGUCUCGGCGUGCUGGCUGCAGCCUUCCUGUCCCACCCAAGUGUGGCUGCUCAGCGGUCUCUGGAUGGCUCAUGCCUCGAGUAAAUGCUGGUGGGGUGGCUGCCUGGAAGAGCAGGCUUAGGCCUGAUGGGAAAGGCUGCUGAGUGUGUUUUCAGAAGGCAGCUGGUCUGGGCUUCACCUGCAUGUGUGCAGGUGAAGGUGGUGGUGGGUUUUCUGCAGACUCCUCUGCAGAACCGCAACUUCUCUGUUGUUCCAGAUGCUGCUUCAUGUUUGCUGCUGGAAGUGCUGUGGCUCCUGUGCCUCCCCAGCUGGUGUCCAGAAUAAAACGAUCUUUUCCCUCCUCUGA